UGAGUCGGAACAGGCUUCUCUCAGCCAGGCAUCUCCUCCAGUGGGACCCGCCAGCGCGCCCAGCAGCACCAUGUGGGUGACCAAACUUCUGCCAGUCCUGCUGCUGCAGCACGUCCUCCUCCAUCUCCUUCUGCUUCCCAUCCCCUAUGCAGAAGGACAGAAGAAAAGAAGAAACACACUUCAUGAAUUCAAAAAGUCAGCAAAGACUACUCUAAUUAAAGAAGACCCAUUACUGAAGAUAAAAACAAAAAAAAUGAACACUGCAGACCAAUGUGCCAAUAGAUGUAUUAGGAAUAAAGGACUUCCAUUCACUUGCAAGGCCUUUGUUUUUGAUAAAGCAAGGAAACGAUGCCUCUGGUUCCCUUUCAAUAGCAUGACAAGUGGAGUGAAAAAAGAGUUUGGUAUUGAAUUCGAUCUCUAUGAAAACAAAGACUACAUUAGGAACUGCAUCAUUGGCAAAGGAGGGAGCUACAAGGGAACCGUAUCUGUCACUAAGAGCGGCAUCAAAUGCCAGCCCUGGAAUUCCAUGAUCCCGCAUGAACACAGCUUUUUGCCUUCGAGCUAUCGGGGUAAAGACCUACAGGAAAACUACUGUCGAAAUCCUCGAGGGGAAGAAGGGGGACCUUGGUGUUUCACAAGCAACCCAGAGGUACGCUACGAAGUCUGUGACAUUCCUCAGUGUUCAGAAGUUGAAUGCAUGACCUGCAAUGGGGAAAGUUAUCGAGGUCCCAUGGAUCAUACAGAAUCAGGCAAGAUUUGUCAGCGCUGGGAUCAUCAGACACCACACCGGCAUAAAUUCUUGCCAGAAAGAUACCCUGACAAGGGCUUUGAUGAUAAUUAUUGCCGCAAUCCUGAUGGCAAGCCGAGGCCAUGGUGCUAUACUCUUGACCCUGACACCCCCUGGGAGUACUGUGCAAUUAAAAUGUGCGCUCACAGUACUGUGAAUGACACAGAUGUGCCUCUGGAAACAACUGAAUGCAUUCAAGGUCAAGGAGAAGGUUACCGGGGCACCAUCAAUACCAUCUGGAAUGGAAUUCCAUGUCAGCGUUGGGAUUCCCAGUAUCCUCACCAGCAUGACAUAACUCCGGAAAAUUUCAAGUGCAAGGACCUACGAGAAAAUUUUUGCCGAAAUCCAGAUGGAGCUGAGUCACCCUGGUGUUUUACCACUGAUCCAAACAUCCGAGUUGGCUACUGCUCCCAAAUUCCAAAAUGUGAUGUGUCAAGCAGACAAGAUUGUUAUCGUGGGAAUGGCAAAAACUAUAUGGGCAGUUUAUCCAAAACACGAUCUGGACUAACAUGUUCAAUGUGGGAGAAGAACAUGGAAGACUUACACAGGCAUAUCUUCUGGGAACCAGAUGCUAGUAAGCUGAAUAAGAAUUAUUGCCGGAAUCCUGACGAUGAUGCCCAUGGCCCCUGGUGUUACACAGGAAAUCCUCUCAUUCCAUGGGAUUAUUGUCCUAUUUCUCGUUGUGAAGGUGAUACCACACCUACAAUAGUCAACUUAGACCAUCCUGUAAUAUCUUGUGCCAAAACAAAACAACUGCGAGUUGUAAACGGAAUUCCAACACGAACAAAUGUAGGAUGGAUGGUUAGUUUGAAAUACAGAAAUAAACAUAUCUGUGGAGGAUCAUUGAUAAAGGAAAGUUGGAUUCUUACCGCAAGACAAUGUUUCCCUUCUAGAAACAAAGACUUGAAAGAUUAUGAAGCAUGGCUUGGGAUUCAUGAUGUCCGCGGAAAAGAUGAGAAGCGCAAACAGGUUCUAAAUGUUUCCCAGCUGGUAUAUGGGCCCGAAGGAUCAGAUCUGGUAUUACUGAAGCUUGCUAGGCCUGCUGUCCUGGAUGAUUUUGUUAGUACAAUCGAUCUACCUAAUUAUGGAUGCACCAUUCCAGAAAAAACCACUUGCAGUGUUUACGGAUGGGGUUAUACUGGAUCAAUCAGCUCUGAUGGUCUAUUACGAGUAGCACAUCUCUAUAUUAUGGGGAAUGAGAAAUGCAGCCAAUACCAUCAAGGGAAGGUGACUCUGAAUGAGUCUGAAAUAUGUGCAGGCGCCGAAAAUAUUGUGUCAGGACCUUGUGAGGGAGAUUAUGGUGGCCCUCUUGUUUGUGAACAACAUAAAAUGAGAAUGGUUCUUGGUGUUAUUGUUCCUGGUCGUGGAUGUGCCAUUCCAAAUCGUCCUGGCAUUUUUGUCCGAGUAGCAUAUUAUGCAAAAUGGAUACAUAAAAUUAUAUUAACAUAUAAGAUACCACAGUCAUAGCUGAUGUAACUGUGUCUGAAGCUUCCAUCAGUACAAUCCUCUUUUACAUGAAGAUUUCGGAGAACAUGGAAUUAAAAUGUCACUGAAAACAAUCUUAGAUAACUACUUGAGUGUCAUGUUUGUUAAGAUACUCAUUAAUAUUUAUGGGUGUUUUCUGUUGUUUUGUUUGUCAGUGUUACUUUGUAAAUGUUGAAGUGAAUUAAGGUACAUGCAAGUAUAGUAACAUAUCUCCUGAAGAUACUUGAAUGGAUUAAAAACUGCAAAGGUAUAAUUGCUGGAUGAUAAAAGACUUAAUGGAAAAGUUCAAUUGCUCUCUCUACGCUGCUUUCCAAGAUUAAUUUCUUAAUAAUGAAUAAACCAUGAAUUAAACAUUAUUUUAAUCCCACAAAGACUAUUUAUACCUCUGUCCUUAAACUGUAACUCUAUAUUAAAUUAUAUUACCUUUCAUAUGCAAUACAUUAUAUUUCAUUCAUUCCUUCUCACUGUGUAUCCGUAAUACUGGUACACAUACUUUUUAUGAAUUCAUUACCUAUAUAAUCCCACCUGGGUACACAUGUGCAUGCACUAGAGUUCAAAUUGUGGUAUAUCUAAUGUAACCUCUAAAUAUUUUGAGUGCUUACCUAUAGUUUGUCCUUAUGAGAAAACUAUAAAUGUCUAAAGACCAGUAGAAAUUUUAAAGAAAGGUGAAAGACAGAAGUGACCAACUCAUUUUCUAGGAAAAAAAAUCUGCAGAUAAUCUACUGGUUGGCAUUUAAAAUGUGGCAAUGACCCACAAAAUUAAGUAAUGCCUAACAUAGGUGUUUAUAUAUAUUUAUCAUCCUACUAAUUAUGUAGUUUCGAAUUCUUAAAGGGAAGAGGGUAAUAUGUGUAUUAUAAUUAUUUCUUUCGUUCAAAUUUAGGGACACUUAUUUAUGAAAGAUAUGCUUAGAUCUACUUUCCUAAAGCAUCUUUUAUUCUUAGAUAAUUGUUUAAUUGAAGCUUAAAAGGGUUUUGGUCUUUAAAAUGCAUUUAAGUAGGUUAAUUCUAAGACUUGCUGCUGUGAUUGGCUUGUAGCUCAUCUUCUUUGAAUUUUUAAAGAAUAUUUCAAAGGAAAAUUUCCAUACUAUCCUCAAAGAUUUAUUGAGACUUUCAUCAAACUAUGCAUUACAGUACAGAUUGAA